UGCUUUUCGCUUGCAUAUCUUCCAAAACACACUACGGAAAUAAGUAACCCCGCCUAAAAUGUAAUAAACUGAGUAAUUCUUCUCUGUCUUUUGUUCUAGAAUAAUCCAUUGUGUGCCUUGGUGGCGCUGAGGCAGAAUGCUCGCCAGCCACUCAGAUGCUGCGGGGUUGGUUCCCCGGCUGAUGCACUCCCAAACGUCGCUUAGCUGGUAAUAAGCGUGGCAAACAGGGAAGGUUGGCCGUGAUACUAGCAAUGUCACUCGGUAAAAAUAAAAAACACUGCUGCCGAAACUUCAAAGCACCAGCUUGAAGUCCCACGUUCCACUGGGAAUUCAUGGGAAUAAAAUAAUCAUAAUAGAAUAAUUCAUUGAGACUCAUAGGCAUUCUAAUGUAGCAGGUAAUCCUGAUUGAUUGAAUAAACUCGAAAAAGGUGAUUGUAAGGCGUAUUAUAUAAGAUACAUAAUACUCCAUCGAUUAGUUAUAAGGCAAUCCGACAAUUCUACCAUAGUCCAACUGCUUCAUUGUUUUAUCUUUACCCCAUCAACGUUGAUAUGUUAAAGAUUAAAAGUAGGAAUCUGGAUAGUUGUCUCAUACCAUUUGAAGAAUCUGAAUUCUUAAUCUUAAAUGCGUAUUAUAAUGUCGGUGUUUCCUGCCAACCGGUAAUUCUAUAGAAUUCAAAAAAGAAGAAAUUCAUGCUGAAAGCAUUAGGUUUUGUCUGUUCAAAAAAGAAAAAGAGUGAAGUGAUUUGAUAUUUCUUUUUGUUGCUAAUAUUACUCGAAAAUGUUCUCAGUACAAUAACUUGCCUACCAAUAACUUACUCUAAAAAUCCAAUUGUCUUAAUGUUUCGUUCUUACCUUUCAGCAUUUUUAUACUUAUCUCUAUGAUUUUCUAUUGCUUCUCUUUUUUUUAAUUUACGGAAAGUACGUCAUUUUAAUUUUGUCUUCUGUAUAACUUAACUUUGAGUCAAGUUGUUAUUGUAUUGUUUACUAAAUCUAGGUAUGAAUAUACCAGAUACUGAUGAAGAUAUUUUGGGUGUUAGUUCUGAAGAAUUGAAUAAUAUACUACAAAGUCGAGAUGAAAUCAUUCAGAAAAAAAUUCUUCCAGAACUUGUUCCAGAUGUAAAUGAAGAGUACAAAAGUGCAAUACCAUCCUCAGUAACUUGUGUUGAAUCAACCUCCGUGUACGAUCGGCUAUAUGCAGUAUUUUCGACGGAUCCUUAUUUGUACGAUCAAGAAUUAAAUCGAAUGGGUAGAAUAAGACGAAAACUUCCUAUAUAUAUUGGUAUUUCAUUUGGAGUUAUUACGGGUGCUAUGCGUUUAGUUGUAUCUUAUGAUGAAUUUAUACGGACUAAUAGCCUUACAAUAUUUCGCUCACAACAUAUCGCCAGACGUUCUGCUGUCGAUUAUAGCGUUCUGAGAGCUAUCCUAUUUGGCGUAUCCACUGGUUGCAAAGUGACUUUAUUUACAGGUGGAUGUUACACACUCCCACUAAUCUUUUCUGCGAUUCAAGGAAAAACAAGCUACUGGGAAUACGCUGCUGGUUGGGGAAUUACAUCAUCCCUGUAUUGUUUUAACCGUGGAUUAAGACAAAUGUUUAUUGCAGGAAUGUUUGGUGCUGUGCCUGGUUUGAUUACCGGUGUAACUGCUCUUAUUGCAGCUCGUAGGUCAAAUUUAACGUUUGAAGAACUAUUAGCAAAACAAUUGGCGUAUACUAAAGGCAAUCAGGCUUGA